GUUGAUCGGGUCACAGCAGAUCAACGAAGGUUGCAGGGCUUUGUAGACUUCAUGUUUGCCACAUUCUUAUGCUACAACGAAUCUGGGAUCCCAUCAUGAGGUGCGACAGGUGUACAUAUUGGCAGAAAUUUGACCUGUUUUCUUUUGUGUCAGUCAAUGUUGGUCCAUUCUCCAAGUGCUUUAUAGGGGGAAGGAGCACAAGAGUUGGUUGUUUCAUAUUCAGUCUGCCUAGAUGACAUGUGAUACUUGUCGUGUCCUCUUUGUUUGAUGUAUAUUUCUGGUGGUGUACCAGAUUUGAUAGUAAAAAUGUAUCUCUCCUGAAAUUUUUUAUUAUAGUGAUGGAAUUCCAGUGUUUAUUACCCAGAUAAGGUCUGCAAGCUGCACAGCAUCAAUCCUGGUAAAUUAGACGUUUCUAUCUUAAUGUAUUAUUAGCUAAAUUCAGAGAUUUUCACAUUGGUAUUAGCACCAAUUAUGCUGCUGAUUGGAUCUAUAGAGGCAAACUGGUUAUUUGAAUUUGGCAGAUGAGCAGUAAAAAUACAUGGCUGAUGUCUAAACACUCCCUCCCCAGACCCAGAAAAUCGGGAUUGCAUUUUCCUUCAGCCGUGUAGAUGAUAUUGCGUUGGAUAUAUUAGCUAAAUUCAAGGAGGACCUGUUUGAACGCAGAUGGAAGAUUUUGUAGUCUUGCCAUUUUGCAACACAUCAAUCCAAUCCAUAUCUGUAAAUGGCUUUAAGAACCAAUUAAAUUUCUAUUGAAAUUCUCAAACUCUGAUCAACAAAAUGUCAUUCAUGUUCUGCGAGAGCUCUGUAUCGUCGUCAUUUGCGUAAAUAGAUGGACGAGAGCUUGAGGAGGUCCAAGGCUUACAAACGUACGAGAUUCCCUAUGCCAAUCACGAACAUUAGAAUAAAUACCACACACCUGGAACAUCUACGAAGCAACAACUAUAGUUCUUUACACCAGACUGGUAAUGUGUGCGUGUUUCUCAGAGAUAACAGAUUGUUAAUUGUAUUAAACAAAUAAAUUUGGGUUUUUCGGCCUUUCCAGGAAGGCUGAUGUAAGCUGUUCACCCUCAAUAUUUACAUGUUAGGUCCAAAGUGUAGCCGCGGUAAACCGUUUACCGUCUGGAUUGAGAUCUUCCUCAGUCUAUAUAUAAACCCUCAAGACCAGCCCCCAGUCUCUCUCUCUCUCUCUCUCAUCCCUCUUUCUCUCCCUCUGAGAAACAAGAAGAAGAAGAAAGAAGUCAUCUGUACGUCCGUCAUCCAAGAAAAAGAAAGGACGAAGAAGAUGCGGUCGUCGCGGCGGAGGCAAUGCAUGGACUACAUCUCUCCAUGCAGCAGCAGCAACAAGAAGAGGCUGGACCUCCUACUUCACCAUCCUCUCCACUGGUCCAACACCAACACCACCGCCCACUCCGACGACGAGGAGUCGCUGCCCUCGGCCUCUGCAGCCAAGAGCUCGGACCAGAUGCUGAUGAUGAUGGCUAUGAUGAUGGGGAGGGAGCGAGGGUCGUCCUUCGGGAGCUGCGGCGGGGGUCUCAGCAGCCUGGGCUCUCUCAUGGACCACUGCCCGCCGACUCCCUCCCCGGUCUGCAGCCCGGUGAGCUCCCUCUCCUGCACCCCUCCCUCCGAGCUCUGCUGCUUCUCCUCCCAGGUCUCCGCCACCGCCGACGACCCCUCCUCCUUUGCCACCCCUAACCAGAGCUCUUGCAUCAUAUCUAAUGAUGGCAAGAAGUCGGCAUCACUCGAGGAAGUGGUAGGAGGAGAAGAAAGAGAAGAGGGAACGAAGGUGGAGCGCAGAAAGGCCUCUUCCAAGACACCCGACCACCCUUCUCCCAAGAAAAUGGCGAUAAGAGGGGGUGAAGGUUCUUCCAUACAAGCCCCCGCCCCAAAGCCCAAUCACAAGCUCAAGUCUAUAAGAACGGUGCGGCGCCGCUUCCCUCGCGAGCGCAACGAUUCUUUGGAGACGAGCAAAUGCAGCGACGACGGAAGAUUGCCCACCGUCAGCGAAGAGCAGGAGGACAGAGGGCACAGCAAGAACCGGAACCACCUUACCAUGUCUUCUCGCUUGUCGUCUGGUGACGAUGGGUAUUAUACCGGUAGCAGCGGCAGCGGAAGCGGCGACAACAACUCGGACAUGGAGAGCAUGAUCGAGGAGCGUCUCGCGUCGAUGACCCAGGCAUGGGAGAGGCCUUACCACGGCCUCGCAGCCCAAACCCGAAGAAACGGUAUGGAGGACAAGCUAAUGGCAUGGAAGGAAGCCAGAACUAUGAAGCUCAUGAACAAGCUUAGGAAGGAGGCGGAGGCCAUAGACGAAUGGGAGAAGAAGCAGAUCACUAGGGCCAAGAUGGACAUGAAGGAAUUUGAGAUUAAGCUGGACAAGAGGCGAUCAAGAGCAAUGGAGAAGAUGCAGAGGAAAAUAAGGACGACGCAGAAGAAGGCGGAGAAGAAGAAGCUGAAGGAGCAGGCAGCUGCGGCCAAGAAAAUAGCCACCGUCAACAAAGCAUUCGACAAAAUCUCCAGCACCGGAAAACUCCCCUGGAUGCUGGUUUUCGUCUAACCAUGACUUUCAGCGCACCACACAAAAUGGAUCCACAGUUCACCGUCCUGCACCAUUUUCUCUAAAAUGAAACAUUAAUCAGCCGUACAUCAACAAAUUCAGAUAUUAUUGUAUGCCUAAAUUGGGAAAAAGGUCUCGUGCUGCUCAAACGAAUCAGAACUUGUUCGAGAGCAUCUGGAAAGCUUUUGACAUAAUAUUAACUCAUUUUUCGUCUACAAUGAAUCAUUUAAAAUUUAUAUAAUAAAAAAAAACGAUU